UCAAAAUGGCUUCAAAAUGAUUACUACGAGUCACUUAAUUUCCAGUCGGUCACGAUUUAUUUCGACGUCAUUCUAACAUCUCUGACGUUACACUAUCGUGAUCCGUCGUUCUGUCCUGGCUCGAGUCUGCGCGACGUGACGCAACGUUACAAAACGGCGCGUCGCGGUUAUGUCACAGUGCGUCACGGCGCUUCGCUUCACCGGGGUGCCGUGGCCUCUAGGCCUCUAGCGUAUCAAAGUCCGCGCGAAGGCAAUAGUAGGGAUCGAGGGUAGAGUCAGUUCGGCCCGGACGAUGCGAGAACGCCGCGGUAUUCGGACGGUUGCCGUUGUCACCGCCGCUGCCGAUCGCGAGAAGUCGCCAGUCCCGUAGACCGCGACCUCCCAUGGUGGCGAUCACCACGUGUCACGCUGCCGCCGCGACGGCCCUCAGGGCCGUCAUCCUGGGCGCGCCGGCGUCUGGCAAAGGCACCGUCUCCUCCAGAAUCGUCCAGCAGUUCGGCGUCGCGCACAUCUCCAGCGGCGACAGGUUGCGCUUCCACGUGUCUGCCGGCACUGAUCUAGGCAAGGAGGUAAGGAAGUACAUGGACAGCGGUAGCUUUGUUCCAGACGACACGAUGAUAUCCCUUAUCGGCAAUGAGAUCGAAUCGAUGGCGGAUCGGAAUUGGCUGUUGGACGGAUUUCCGAGGACGUUGACGCAGGCGGAGCGAUUGCAGAGGCUACAUCCAAUCAAUCUCGUGCUGAAUCUCGUGGUGCCCACCACCGUCAUACUGGACCGAGUCAAGAGCAGAUGGAUUCAUGUGCCCAGUGGUAGGGUUUACAGCAUCGGCUUCAAUGAUCCACGAGUGCCGGGCAAGGACGACGUAACGGGUGAGUCGUUAUGUCAGAGAGAAGAUGACAAACCAGAAGUCGUGCAGAAGAGACUGCAGGAUUACGCGACGAAAACCGAGCCAGUCUUGCAGUUUUAUCGCGAGAUUGGAAUACUGAGGGAAUUUCACGGCAACACCACCAACGAAAUGUGGCCGGCGAUCAGGAAUUGCGUGGCACAAUACUGUUGAGUUUCAGAGAGAUCGAAUAUUUAAGUAACUUUAAAUGUCGGAUAAUCGCGCAAACGGUUCUGAUUUUCAAAUAUCUAGAUCUGUUCGGAAAUUUUUUUCUUCGAAAUAUAUCUCUAAAAGAAACAAAUUUUUGGACAUUAAAUCUGCAUCUAAUUCUUACAACUUAUCUGCCUAAGAAUUAAAUUGUAUUAAAUAUUUACACAUCUCGUUAAAUUAGAUAACGUGCGUUUAAAAAUAUCCUCGUAUUUAUUAUUUAAGUACGAGAACGAACAAGUCUAUUCAGACCUAUUUGAGACCUGUAAUUUGCUCAUCUCACGCGAUUUCGAGUAACAAAUGGAAAUAUGCGCUCUCGAACAAUUGUUUCCUUAUCUUGUGACAAUAGAGAGAAUGUGUACUACAGCGCAAUUCGCGCGGAGCUCUCUUACGCACGCAGGAACGCACACAAGCGUGAAUGUAAUUAGGUUGUAAAUACGCGUGAUGUCGUGUCGACAAUAAUAGGCUUUCGUAGAUGUUCUCGAUGCGGAAUGCUUAUGUGAUACAACGAGAUUUCAUGGUAACUAAAGACACUGAACUGAGGACGAGUUAUUUCUUGUUUCCGCAACUUAGCACUUGCAUGACGAGCUGUUGGUUGCUACAGCUAUUCGGCUAAAGUCCAAAAUAUAGUACAAAUUACAAAGUAGGAAUGAUCGUUCGAAUAAUCGAUGAUACAUUUCUGGGAUGGCGUAAUUAUCACACACUUGUUCUUAUUUUAUUUCGAGCGUAUAGCGUUACAGUUGUAAGAGAUAUAUAUAUAUAUAACAAUGUUCAAUAUAUUGUGUACAUAUUCAACAGUAUAAGUACAAUAUACGCAUAUACAUAUGCAUAUACACGCAUGCAUACAUAUACAGUGUGAGGCAUCUAAAAAAGUGUACAUCUAAAUUCUUUAAUAAUCCUGUUUUUCACUUUACUCUUGUUUUUCUAUUUUUAAAUCUACCUUACACUUUAGAGAGAAUAUUCUAGAUUUAUUUGUCAUUCGAUCAAGCACCUUGUACGUUAUUAAGCGUUAUCUUGCUUCUUUAAAAUGCUCGAAUAAUCUUGAAGCGCGAAAUAAAUGCUUCACUCUAAAUCUAUUUUCUAAAAUUUAUUCUACUCUAUUGUAAAUGUUUCUGCUGUCCCCUUGAAAAUAUCGUUAAAGACGAAGUAAUUUAGCUCGUAAGAAUAACAAGAAAGAUUCGUUCAAGGUUAUAGUUUUUUUACAUUUCAAAAACUGCUUUUUUACAUAGAUAUUCUUGGAUAUCAUU